UCAUCAGAGAUACCGUACAAAUUUUGCCAAAGCAUUUUAAGGAAAAGAUUCUGCUUUGAAGAAAAUUAACAGCAAAAUAAAUGGCGAAAUCUGGGACAGGUAGAGCAUUAGAAGUAGUUCGUAGUUUACCAAGAGUUGCCUUAAACAACUUGAGAGAUAAUCCCGGUGCAAAGAAAAAGGAUAAUAGAAGGGGGCGUGGCCAGCAUGGUGGAGGUAUGAGUGGGCGGGGUAAGAGCGGUCAAGGAAUGAGAGGGACCAAGCCAAGAGUUGGGUUUGAAGGAGGUCAGACACCAUUUUACUUGAGGGUACCCAAGUACCCUUACUACAAAGAUCAUCAUCUUCGUAGACAGUACCUUCCAGUUACCCUGACAAAGCUUCAGCAUUUGAUCGACAUGGGUCGUAUUGACCCAGACCAGCCCAUCGACGUGACGUCUUUCGUCAACUCGGGAGCAUUUGAAAUCAAGAUCAAAGAAAAGCACUAUGGAAUCAACUUGAUAGAAGAAGGUUUGGACAACUUUGCCGCUCAGAUCAACAUUGAGGUCCAGCAUAUAUCAGAGUUAUCCAUCGCAGCUAUCGAGAGAUGCGGAGGCAUCGUCACGACGGGAUUCUAUGAUCCAAUCAGUCUGGAUGCCCUUGCCUACCCUCUCCAGUUCUUCCAGCAGGGAAAGCCUAUUCCAAGGCGUGCCCUUCCACCCAAGGACCUAGUGACGUACUACACCGACGCCAGCAACCGAGGAUAUCUCUCUGACCCUGACAAGGUGCUUCAGGCUAGGGCUGAUCUUGCACAGAAACAUGGUUACGUUCUGCCUAAUCUGAUGGAUGAUCCCAAGAGGGAGAUGCUUCGGAUGAGGAAAGAUCCCCGUCAGGUUUUCUUUGGACUCCAACCCGGUUGGUUUGUGAGCCUUUCCGAUAGGACAGUACUGAAGCCGGUAGAUGAAGACUUGCAGGAAUACUACAAGUCAUGAUGAUGUCUCGUGUGAAAGAAUUUUAUAUGCUACCUUCAGAUGUGUGACCAGAGACUGUGUUCAGUCAUAUUCAGGCUGUCAUUGUUGUGAUGGUAAUGAUAAUAACUUUCCCCAUUACUUAGGCAACAUUUCACAAGUCUCUGACGUAUCUUUGAGCAGGAUUCCUGCUUUACAUGUAGAUGAGCUAUGCAUCUUUACAGCUGCGUCUUACCCAUAUUCCCCUUUAUUUUGUUAAUGGUGAAAUCUGAGGAUUCUUGCAAGAAAAAAGGGGCUCUCUCGUUAAACGAGAUACCUUUAUAAAGUACUUUGCACAAUUCUAGGGCCCAUUUCAUAAAAACUUUUCAUAACAAAUUUACUAUCAGCCAAUCAAAUUGAAUGAUUUCAGUAGCUUUUAACUGUUAUCGCAAACUUGUUCUUAUAACAAGUUUAUGAGAACAAAUUUUUGAGAAGGGCCACUUGAAGCUUCUUAUCAUUGUUCAUCUUCUUAUUUUAUCAUAUCAUUGACAAAACAAUGGGAAAGACAAGUUAGGGGCUCUAAAAGGUGCAUGGAGCCUUCAGCUCCUGCUGAAAAGGCGAUAUGCAUCUAUGACAGGGGCUUACCAGUAUUCCUCAUUUAGGAAAAUGAGGUUAUGACAUGAUUAUUGCGUGAAAGGCUCUGACAUUUGGUAUGCUGCAUUAAAACUGUAUCAUUAUUGUCACCUUCCAUGGGGAAUUAGAUACCAUUGCGGUACUUAUCCUAUUCAGAUUGGAAAGAUGUAUGAUUCCCCAAAUAAAAUCUUGGAGCGAAUUCUGUUGUUAAUGAUAUGAUUUGUGUAAAAGGCCCUGACCUAUGGUAAGCUGCAUUGAAAUGAUAUCAUUAUUGCCAUCUUUUGUGAGGAAUUUGAUACCAUUCCCAUGCUUAUCCUACUUGGAUUGGAAAGAUUUUCAUGACAAACAAAGGCUAUGUAAUCCUUCCCCCCCUUCCGAAAAAAAAAUCAUGUAGCGAAUUCUGGUUUGGAUUUUUUCUGUAGUCUGGGAGGAUAUAGCAAUACCACAUUGAGCUAAGCAUCAGAUAUUUUACCAAAGAUGUUUUUUUAUAGACCUAUGUGAUAAUUGUAAGCAAACAUGUUACCAAGUCCUAGGAUGUAUGAUGUAUUUGCGGCAAUAAAUAACUAAUGCACUUAA